UUCUUUCUGUGACACACCUAAAUGGUGGAUGGGUUAAAAAUAAAAAUAUUUUCUGGAAUUUUUUCAUAAUCCCCGGAAAAUUUGCAAAAACCCGUGAAAAUGUUUUAAUUUUCCACCCAGAAAAGCAAGAAAACUAGUCAGAAAAACAAAUGGCGCUCCUUGGAGCUCAACUGGUCAUCACGCUGGUGAUGGUGAGUGUGAUGCAGAAGCUAAGUCCACAUUUUUCCCUUGCAAAGUGGAUUCUCUGCUCAACCGGACUCAUCCGGUACCUCCAUCCGUCCGAUACGGAGCUGAAGAGUCUCGCCGGGGUGCCCCGGGGCAAGGGGAAGGGUGGCAAGGGGCAAAAUGCGCGAAAUGGAGGCGCCGCUGGUGAUGACAAAAGCUCCACCUUUCACGUACCGCAAAAUCUCAAUCUGCAGCUGGAAACAGCCAAGAUCCUGCCGUCUGAUGUUGUUCAUCUCCGGUACUACACAGAGUACCAGUGGCUGGUGGACUUUAGCUUGUAUUCUGCAAUUGUUUACACCAUGUCAGAGAUCAUUGGCUACUUCAUCCCACCGAAGGAUGAGGUGAAUUUGAGUAUGAUGUGGUGCCUCCUUGUCAUCUUUUUCGCCUUCCGGCUGCUUGUUUCGCUGACAGUUCAAUACUUCCGGAGUGAGGAGUCCAUUGGGGAGCGCUCAACGUGCAUUGUGACGGGAUUCUCGUACCUCCUUGUUGCCAUGAUGGUGCUAAUUGUGGACGAAGGAACGCUGGAGGUGGGUCUCGAUCGGGCAUAUCGUGUCUUCAAUGAGAGCGCCUCGGUGUUCCUGGAAUCUCAGGGCAUUGCCUCCAGUGGGCCAGCUUCGAAGAUUAUCGUCAAGUUCUGCAUUGCCGUCAUGUGUGGCCUCCUGGGGGCUGUUUUCACCUUCCCCGGACUCCGUACGGCACGUAUGCACUGGGAUCUCCUCAAGUACUGCCAGGAGAAGCGCACGCUGCAGAUCCUGCUCAAUGUCAACUUUGCCCUUCCUUUCAUUCUCGUCAUUAUGUGGGUGAAGCCCAUAAGUCGGGAUUAUCUCACUGAACGCGUCUUCCGUGGCCUCGAGGCGCCCCUCAUGACCCCGCAUGCCUUCGAAACAGCCCGUCUCAUCCUCGUCAUCGUCGUCGUGGUCCUCCGCUUCGCGCUGAUGCCCUUCUACCUCCAGGCAUACCUCAAUCUCGCCCAUCAGCGUGUGGAGGAGCAAAAGAAGGAGGUGGGACGCAUAACGAAUGUUGAGCUGCAACGGAAGAUCGCCUCCAUCUUCUACUACCUCUGCGUCGUGACGGUGCAGUACGUGGCUCCGGUGAUUAUGUGCCUCUACCUGGCGCUCAUGUACAAAACAAUGGGCGGCUACCGCUGGUCAUCCCUCUUCCGCGCACCUCCAGACACAGCUGAAUGCCCCGCUGAAGAAAUCCUCCCGGAAACUGCUGUGGACGACGAAUCAGAGGGAAUCCUCUCAUCCGCCCGGGCUAUUCAGCUCUCCCUGCGCAGCUUGAAGAAUGUCUUCAAUGAGGAUGUCUACCGGGGACUCUUUGGCUUCGCCACGUGGUGGAGUUGCUUUGCCUGGUUUGCAGCCACAUCCCUCGGCAUGAUCUAUCAAUCAUACUUUGAUAAGAAUUAAACUUUUCCUCCUCUUCAGGGCAGACUGGUCAGUCAGUCAACCAGUAAAGCCACAGAAGGAACAUUUUGCAAUGCUUUUCAAUCCCCACCCCGGAAUGUUGUUAAUAUGAAAGAAAAAAAACUUUAGAAAAUAGAAAAAUUUUGACGAGAAAA